CACCCUUUCCUCCUGACUUCAGGCGACGGUGAGGAGGACGACGGUCCAGUGGUGGAGUCGGGCGAAGGAGGGCCGGACCCUGACAACUGCUGGAAGAAGAAGGCGGCUUUAAGAGGAAGUGCUGUGUCACUGGGACGGAAAUUCUCCACAGACAUUGAGCUGCUGUUCACCGGGCGGCGGCGCUCUAGCGAGGACCCUGACCGGGCCCUGCAGGAGUCGCUGCGCACCCGACUCCGAGUGGUGGAGAGCAACAGCCAGGACGUCAUCCAGCUCUUUAAGGACUUGUCUGCGCGCCUAGUGUCCAUCCACGCUGAGAAGGAUAGCUUCGUACUCACGUUCAAGACCGUGGAGGAAAUCUGGAAGUUUUCCACUUACCUAGCAUUAGGUUACGUGGCCCGCUGCUUGGAGAACUUCCUGUUAGAUCAGUCCUUCUGGCUGGAUCCAGAGCUGCUCAGUGACCUGCAGAUCAAUGUCAGUGUGGACGAGGAACAACUGGCGACGCUCUACCUGGGACUGUUACUGCAGGAGGGCUCCUUCUUUGCCAAGGCGUUGUUCACAAGGACUGACUAUAAUAAGGACGACGAAGAGCAGCUGCCGUUCAAGAAGAACGAUUUGCUGAUGGUGAAGGACACGGGGCAGGACAGCAUGUGGGAGGGCACCGUGCUUUCCACAGGAAACCAUGGCCUGGUGCCGGUCGACGCCAUGCAGCCUCUGCCGUACCCCUUCUACCAAUGGUUCCUGAGGAACUACCCAGUCAAUGUUGGAUGCUCGCCAGCAGAAAAGGAACCAUUAGAACAUGCAAUUGUGACUGGUUCCUGUGAAGCUGUGGUCGACUACAGUCCAGUUGGCCCGGAUGAACUUCAGUUGAGACAAGGAGACAUUGUGGAGAUCCAGGGUCUUCUAGUCCGAGGCCUGGAUGUGUUCAUAGCAACGCACUCUUCCACGGGUCACACUGGUUUCGUACACAAGGUCCAUGUCAAGCCUCUGGACACCACACCCCUAGACAGACGGCUAGUCUUUCUCACUGUGGAGGAGAUGGCCGGCCUCGCUCAGGUCAACGCCUGCAGCUCCGAGCCAAGUGACAACGGCCUGCUGGAGAGACUCUUCUCGUCUGACAUCAGCUCCGUGUACAGGCUAGAUAGACUGGAUGAGACGGACUUCCUGUACAUCAGAAAACGGCCAAAACAUGAUCACAAGAUUCCUACCAGCACCCGUCAUAGUGUGAUGUCAGAGAAAAGUGAAUUGGCUUCCCCCUACUCUCCUCGCGCUUCUGUCUCUCUUCCCUCCCCUCGCCUCUCCUUCUAUCAGUCCCACAAUCCCCUGCCUCGCGAGGGAGAGCGUCUGCCCUUCCUUGUGGACGACACAUUCAAGGAAAUGGACGAAUUCCAGGAAGACCCACCGCUUUUCUUGGAGGAGAACAGCUGGGAGGGGGAGGACUCUGAGUUCAGUGACCCAACACUGACUCUGCUCAACCAUGAACACUUCCAGGAGGACUUCCUGCCACUGUACGACUUGCAGUACUCUUUUCUUUGGGUGACCUUCAGUGGUAAGACCGAGGACGAGCUAUUGGCACACCUAGAGUGUGUCAGGGAGAGCGCCAAGAGGAUGGGCCUGGACUGGGCACACCGACGGGCAUGCUUCCUGUUGGGAAGACUCUGUGCCCGGAAGCUAAAGUUAUCCCAGGCCCGUGUGUACUACGAGGAGGCUCUCGGGGUUCGCGUGGACAGUUUCUCUGACACGCCGCUCCUCGUCGCUCUCUACACAAACCUCACCGCUGUUUACCUGAAGCAGCGUAUGACGGACAAGCUGCCCCAGACUCUGGAGAAGGCCAGCAGCCUGCUCCUCUGUCUCCCCUGCCACACCUUCACCUCCACGGAUGAGGUGGAACUGCUGCAGCUGCUGUUGAGGAGGUCGGUGGUGAUGGGGGACAAACACCUGGAGGCUCGCGUCUGCUACCUCGUCUCCAGCCUGUUCCUGCUUCGCAGGAAGACCGACGACGCCCUCCCCUUCGUUGAGCGACUCCAGUUCCUCUCGUUGACGCUCUCUCCCACCGAAGGGCGUUCCAUAGUUCCUUUGGACCUCAACUGGCUCCUGAGCUUGCUCUAUCAUCGCAAAUACAUGCCUUACCUAGCGCUGGCCUCUCUGAGCCUGGACUCAAGGCAGGACCACUCACUUAACGAAGGUUUCAAGAAGAUCGAGUUGUUUAUCAGGAACUCUGUCCGCCUGAACCCGUGCUGGAAUGAAGGAACCUCCCUGCUUCCUGCCCAGAUCGUGAUUUACCUUCAGCAGGCCCUGAUUUUAGCGGAGCAAGGGGACGACAUGAAGACACAGAGGGACCUAUGUCAGGGCUUAGCCACAGUGUACGUGCAGUACGACGCUCUGGAUAAGGCGGUGCUGUGUGCUCAACAAGCUGUGGAGACAGGAGGCCACAAGAACGAGGAGGAGGGCUUUGAGGCCUCCGUGCUGCUCGGCUGGCUGCUGGUGUUGACGGACCAGGCUGAGAGGGCCCAGAGCGUCCUGCAGCCGCUGCUCACGUCACUCCAGGGCACAGACAGUCCCACGCAGAGAGGGGUGAUCCACAACCUCUUGGCUCUGUGUCUGAGGCGGCAGGGUCGCAUUCCAGAGGCGGGCUGGCAUCUCCACUCUGCCUCUGUGAUCUCAAGGGAAAGUGGAAACCAGAGGAACCAGGCCCUGGCACUGGCCAACCUGGGCUGCCUGGCGCUGGAUGUGGGGGCGCCUUUGGUGGCAGAACGCUUCUUGGUCAGAUCCCUGCAUCUUUUUCUGGAGCUGUGGGAAAGCCCCAUUGAUGAAGAGCACGUUCAGACGUACCUCUGGCUGGGGAGGAGCUACAAAGACAGGAGGAGGAGCCAGGACAGCAGGGCCUGUUACGAAAUGGGGCUGCUAAUUGCCCUACAUGCCAGAAACUUACACAGUCGGAUGGUGGUGGCCAAGGUGCUGAGUCGUGUGUAUGCCGACAUGCUACUGUACGGCCAGAGUAUCGUGUACUACGAGCACUGUGUGUCCGUAGCCAGAGAGCUAAAGGACAAGAGACUAGAGGGAGAGUAUCUAGAAAUCCUCAGCAGCCUCUACCUCACAUUCAACACAGAAAAAUCAUCUCGUAAAUCUCUGGACUACACCAAGCAGAGCCUGAGAAUUUCUAUCGAUUUAGGCAAGAGAGAGGAAGAGUCAGAGACCUGGCUGCAGGUGGGCCGCAUCUACUACCUCAUCCAGGAGGACGAACUAGCAGAUAUGUACCUGCAGGCAGCAGUGAAGACCGCCCUGAGGAUGAAAGAUCAUCACUUCGCUUUGAGCAUCUACGAGGAGGCAGGAGACGUCUACUUUAAAGGCUCCAGGAACCGAAUGGCCUCGGUGCCUUUCUACAGGGAUGGAAGUCUUCCAUUUGCACGCAGCAUCGAGGACAUCCGUUCAGAGUUCCGUUUGUUGAGUAAAUUGACAGAGCUGUUAAUGGUGCAGGGGGAGCAGGAGGAGGCUCUGCAGUACGCAACACUGGCUGUUCAAGUCGCCGACAAAACAGGGGUGCAUGUGAAUGAGAGGACAGCCUACCACCGGCUGGCUACGGUCUACUACAACCUGCAGCAGUACGAGUUGGCAGAAAACUACUACCUCAAGUCCCUGUCCUUCUGUUCACCCGCCCUGCAGGACCCUCUGGAGGCUCGCUACUACACCAAGCUGUACUGCAGACUGGGCAAUGUCACGCUACACAAACUGAAGGAUUCUUUUGACGCCGUGGGCUACUUCCAUUUGGCUCUGGCAGCGGCCCUGGAGGACCGAGCUAACCCACAGGCGCUGUACGUGGUGUACAUGAAGCUGGCUGAGAUCCACGGCAGCCACUUGCCCGAUGCUCAGCUGUGCCGAGAUUACAGAGACAGAGCCGAGGGUCUGAAGAGAGUUCUGGCUGGAGAGGAAGGCGCUGCUGCUGCAGAGGAGAACCUGGAGGAUCCGGACUCAGAGACGGGCCAGAAGACGGACAACGAACGUAAAGAUGACUUGCUUGUAAAUACUGGUAUAAUUAUGAGAGACGUAGCGGACGGAUCUACACACGCUGCAAUUGGGGAUAAUCAAGUGAAUGGUGAUAAAGACGGCCCUCUUUUGGACCCCUUUGGGCCCGGGACAGAAACCAUGGCCAGUCAGUCGCACAGUGACAGUAUUUGGACCGAGUCCUUUGAUACAGCCAAGGAGCAAAUCUCAGACUGCAGCAGCUCCACUUUACAAACUCACCAGAACCACGCGGAUGAGAAAGACUUUGACACUGACUGUCACACGCCCAGUCAAAUACCCGAUCACCUCACAAGUGCAUCACAAGACACAGAUUCUGAUGGUCAGGAUGAUGAAAAUGCACAUCCGGUUCAGAAGUAUCUCAGUGUUGAGGACAAUAGGUGGGGCACUGAGUGGGCAGAGACUGUCGGCAUCGACACCGAUAAAGCUGUGGAAGACUAAACAGAGACAUGAGAGAAGUGGGAAACCAGUGACACACACGGUGAACAGAUGGACCUCGACUACGUCUACUCAGUCUCUGAGUGUCUCUUUAUGUUCUUCACUGACAUUACCAGCGUCUGGUCACAUGUUUUUUGACCAGCACAUUGACUCCAACGUUCCAGCCACAUGGCAAUUAUUGUAGGAAAGAUGAAGUUGAAGAUUUCAGAGGAUCACUGACUCCAAAGCGUGGGCCUUUUUGUAUGAUACAAUCUGUGGUUGUUGCAGUUUACUGUGCCUGUUGUAUAUCUUUUUCUAAAUGUACAUUUUUGUAUCUCUGGAAGAUAUGACAAACAUGAAGAUUGUUAUUUUGAUGGCAAAGUGUUUUUGUUUUUCUAUCUCGUCAAAUGUAGGACAAAUACAUGACCCCAAGGUACAAAGAAAAAUAAAAAAUCAGAUCAAAAUUUGCUGGACACUCAUUUGCUGCUUUUUUUUUGUGGUUUUCCUCAAAAAGGAGAACAUGUUGCAUUUGUUGGGGAUUAUAUUGUUCUGCAUAUUUAAUAAAAACAAAAUGGUAAUAAAGUGUAUUUACCUGGAAAUGA